AUGUCUAAGUUGCUACCGAUCAUCGAAACAGAAUUCAGUAAGAUUUAUAGCGAGUCUUCUUCGUCGCAAGAUGCCCUGAUAAGGAAGUGCCCCUUGGAGACCCAUGAUUUCAAGGCUCAACUAAAAAAGUUGAAGGCACAUUUGAAUAAACAUAUCCAAGAAUCUGAAGCACAUAUGAGAGGUGAAGACAAGGAGGGAGAUGUGAAAAAGCUACGUCGCAGAAGGGAAUUGGUUGUGGAGAAAGUUAAUAAAUGUCAUAAGCAAUGGGAUCUUUCAAUUAAAAAGCAAAUUAAGCAGACUAGCCAGCAGCAUGCGCGCUUCAAAAAAAUGGUUUUGAAUAAAUUGUACGAGUUUGACUUGGAUCAAAUAUGUAUCAACAGGUUGCCGCAAGAUUCAAAGAAGUACGUUGAUAAGGCGAUAAGUUUUCACAUAUCCAGAUACAAUAUUGGCAAUCUGGACAUCCGAGAUAGAGGUUCAAUGAUGGAUUAUUUGCGUAAUGUUUACGGUGUGUCUGAAGAUAUCUCAAGCAAGUUUGUUGAAAUGGGUCAGAUUGUGCAAGACAUGAAGAAUGGUAAUCCGAAUACCUGUCUCGAUUGGUGCAAGCAGGGUUCGCUGCUUCAGUUUGAAUUGCAUACUUUAAAUUUGAUGCAGCUGUUUGAAAAGGGUGAUACUUUAAAAACUUACCGGUUCCUAACUAAUGACGUCACAGUAAAUUCUUUUAAACAUAGACAUAAGCAGGUGAUUACAGAAAUUUCUCCUAUCUUGACGCGAUUGAUACUGGGAAAACCUAUUAUGAACAUCAAAGAAUUAACUCAGAAACAGCUGGAAAAAUGUAUAUCAUUGUUUACUCAAGAGUACUGUAGUCAAAACAAUGUAUCAUUCAAUUCACCAUUGUUUUUGAUUAUUUUGAGUGGCGUUAUCGCGUUCCAGUUUUUCAUCAAAUAUACAUCAAUUAGAGCAUCUGCGCAUGUCGAUUGGACAACUGAGAAUGAGCUGCCUUUUGAUGUUCAACUACCUGAUUUUCUGUCUUACUUCAACCCGAUAUUCAUCUGUCCUGUACUCAAAGAGGAGACAACAGAGGAAAAUCCUCCUUAUGCAUUGCCGUGCCAUCAUAUUUUAUCAAAGAAAUCCUUAGAUCGGCUCUCUAAGAAUGGUACUUCGACUUUUAAAUGUCCUUAUUGCCCUGUGAAUGCAUCAAAGUCCAAAACAAGGAAGGUCAACUUUGUAAUGUUAUAG